CAAAAAAAAAGAAAUUAGGGUGUGUUCAGUGGGUUUUAAAUAGAUUAAAUAAAUUAAAUUCACAAGAAUGUCACACUCAUAUAUUCGUCGUAUUUAUCACAUUGUAAUAGCAAGAAUAGUAGUAUUUCGUAUGUGAAAAUGGUUUAUUUCAAUAAAUCAAUGCUAUGCCUGCUCAGUGUUCUAUUCGAGAAAUGUACUCAGAAAGCAUAUUAGUUAAUUACUUAUUUAAUAACUCUUGGAAUAAUGUUUACACAAUAUCUUAAAUACGUUUUUUCCAGCGAUAUCUAACCUGCUGUUAGAAAGUCAGCUGAUAUCUAAUAGCACUAUUCCCCAAGAGAUGUCACAAAAUAUCGCGAAUAUUUCAUUGCUCUCUCAGUUGGUUUUCGUUUAUUCUGCAUUCUCUUUACACCUCUCAUUUACCAGAAUUUGUAAAAACUUAUUAGCACAAAAGCGUAUUUAAUAAAUGUUGGCUUGAAAUAAAACGCAUUACAAAAGCAAUAAAAUGUUGAAAGUUGGUACAGGACAGACAAGGGGAUUGCGGUCCUUUGAAGAAGUAUGGCCGGAAAAACGCCUUAUUGUGCUGAAGCUGUUAAACCAGGAAACUGUUUCCCAAUUAGAAUGGCAAGAACUGUUUUAUGGAGUUCACUUAGUCUGUUUGUGGGACGAAAAAGGUGCAGCAAAAAUUUACGAUUGUUUGCGCGCAGAUAUUGUUGACUUUAUCGUACAUGCCCAGCGAAAGGUUCAAUCACAACGCGGCGAGCAAGCACUGUUAACUACAUACAUAGUUGAAUGGCGUAAAUUCUUUACUCAAUCCAAUUAUCUGCCGUUGCCUUUUCGUCAGCUGGAGCAGUCUCUGCAGUUCAAGGUGCCAACAUCCUCUUCAACGUCAGCAUCCAGUUCCUCUGCGGCAAGUACAAGUGCUAAUGCUGCUUCAACUUCAACCGCCGCCGGUCCUUCCACAUCUGCUGCUGCUGCCGCCGGACCGACAUCAUCCCCCCCGGGUGGCAGCAGUAGUGGUGGUAAUAGUAGUAAAAAAACCAACACUGAUGAGUCCAUUGUGCGAAAACUAAUGCUCGAUUCAUGGAACGAAAAUAUAUUUCGCGAUAUAAAAGAUCGUUUACAAGAAUCUGCAAUGAAAAUUGUUCACGCCGAACGUAGUGGAGAUGCUUAUGAUGCCCAACUUGUAAUUGGCGUACGUGAAAGUUAUGUAAAUCUGUGUUCUAAUCCAGAAGAUAAAUUGCAAAUCUACCGGGAAAACUUUGAAGCGGCUUAUUUAAAAGCGACAUCCGCGUUUUAUCGGCUAAAAACAACCGAACAACAACAAGCAAACGGUGUAUUGGCAUUUAUGAGAUAUGCAGAUGCUAAAUUACGUGAGGAAGAGGCGCGUGCAAAACGAUAUCUUGAACCAAGCAGCUACGCUGUACUAGCUCAAACUUGUGUCAAAGUAUUAGUCGGGGAUCAUAUGAAUACGAUCAUCGCAGAAUGUGCGGCGCUAAUAAAGGAGUAUGAAACAGAAAAACUAAAUCUAAUGUUCCGACUUUUGGAUCGAGUGCAGGAUGGAGUUGAGCCGAUGCUACGUGAUUUGGAGAGCCACAUUGUCACUGCAGGUCUAGCGGAUAUGCUCUCGGCCUCCGAUAUAAUUACACAGGACUCAGAAAAGUAUGUGGAGCGACUACUAGAACUUUUCAAUAAAUUCAGUUCACUUGUAAAAUACGCCUUCAACGAUGAUCCUCGAUUUCUUACAGCUCGUGACAAAGCCUUCAAAACAGUUGUCAAUGACACUAGCGUUUUCAAGCUCGAACUGCCAACUGGUCUGACAAAUCGCGGCGUAAAGUCUGUAGCUCCAGAGAGCAAAUGUCCCGAACUUUUAGCUAAUUAUUGUGACAUGUUACUGCGUCGAACGCCCUUAAGUAAGAAGCUAACUAGUGAGCAAAUAGAUGCAAGAUUGCGCGAUGUUUUACUCGUGCUAAAAUAUGUUAAUAAUAAAGAUGUUUUUAUGCGCUAUCACAAAGUCCAUUUGACUAGAAGAUUAAUACUUAGUACAAGCGCUGAUAGUGAGAAGGAAGAAGAUAUUGUUGAAUGGUUACGCGAGGCUGGUAUGCCAGCCGAUUAUGUGAAUCGCUUAGGUCGCAUGUUCCAAGAUAUUAAGCUCAGCGAAGAUUUAAAUACUCAAUUCCGCAGCUGCACCGGUCGCCAUGACGCUAUUAAUAUAAAGAUUCUCAAUACCGGCGCUUGGGCACGUUGCUCCGAACGUGUCUCAGUUAGUUUGCCACUCGAGUUAGAAGAUUACAUUCCCGAUGUGGAGGAGUUUUAUAAAAAAAAUUUCUGCGGCCGAAAAUUGCAAUGGUAUCAUCACAUGAGUAAUGGUACCAUAACAUUUGUGAAUAAUUUCGGUCGUUACGACUUAGAUGUGACCACAUUCCAAAUGGCUGUACUAUUUGCAUGGAAUCAGCGGCCACAUGAUAAAAUCUCGUAUGAAAAUCUGCGCUUAGCAACUGAGUUGCCAGAUCCCGAACUCAGGCGUACACUUUGGUCGCUUGUGGCAUUUCCUAAGCUGAAAAAGCAAAUUUUACUUAUGGAACCUGCAACGAUAACCACACCAAAAGACUUCUCAGAAAAUACUUUAUUUAGUGUCAAUCAAGAAUUUGCUGUUGUAAAAAAUGGGAAACCGCAGCGAAGAGGAAAAAUGAACAUGAUUGGCCGCUUGCAAUUGAAUACGGAGCGAUCCCAGCAAGAGGACAAUCAAUCUAUUGUACAGUUGCGCAUAUUGCGUACCCAAGAAGCCAUUAUAAAAAUUAUGAAAAUGCGUAAACGCUUAAAUAAUGCAACAUUACAAGCCGAAUUGAUUGAUAUACUUAAGAAUAUGUUCUUGCCAUCGAAAAAAAUGAUUAAAGAACAAUUGGAAUGGUUGAUCGAACACAAGUAUAUGCGACGCGAUGAUGACGAUAUCAACACAUUCAUUUAUGUGGCUUAAAAGCUCAUACUUACUUAUAUCGUUGUUAAUCAGUCUGGGCAGCAUAUAAAAGAGAAGAGUGUAUGUGAUAAGUUGCUGCAAUUCUCUUCUCACUUCUCACUAAACUUCAGUAGCUUAAUGUUUAGUUUCUAAUUUAAGAACCGUAAGUUUAAUAAGCAAUUCAUGAACACAUACCUAAAUAAUAUAUACUAUAACUUUAUAAUAAUUUAAGAUUGAUAGGCUUACGAUAUUUAGUAUAUAGGAAAAUUUGCAAUUUUAAAAAGUUUGUAUGCGCUGAUUAUUAAAUUAUGUCUAUAAUUAAUAUCGAUAGAUUAGAACAAUUUUAAAUUCAUUAGCAUGGACUUCAGUCAUUUUUUUAAUUUAAUGUUCGUUAUCUUUCUUUUUAGUCUUAAUUUCAAAGUUUGACUUUGUUAUUUUAAAAUUUGUUCAAAAUUUUUAUAUUGAAUAUUUUUUUUUAAAUCAAGAGCUAUCAUGUCCACAUAUUAUUAUUAUUGUUAGAAUUCGCAUUAAAAGCUUUUAACCAGAUAACUAAAAUUUAUCUUUUUUUAUCCUUAAUCGUAAUGUGAAUUGAUUGUUAAACAUAUUUGGAUACUCAUAAGCUACACACAAUUUUUAUACAUUACAAUUAUUUUCUUUUUUCCGAAAGAAUUUUACUAAAUCGCAUAAGUAUACACAUUUUGUUCCACAUAUAUAAAUUAAUUCGAGGAGUAAAGUGAAAAUAAAGAUAAUUAUGAUCAUAAAAUACUUUCAAAAACUUAAAAUUUAAUAUAUAUAAAUAUCAGUAUAAUGUAAGGUUACUAUAAAGAAACUAUAAUUUUAAUGAAAUGUUUACCAGCAUUACUUAGAAAAGCUUAUGCAAAUAAAAAAUAUGAAAUAUGAAAACAUUGCAAAAAUAUGCGUUUAGUUAAAAUGGGAUUUUAGAGGAAUUCGGAUAAAAUUAUGAUAUGGGACGAGAAUUAUUCAUUGUGACUGCACUAAAAAAUAAAAAAAAAAAAUAUUUCGAAUAGAACUACCUAAAACACUAUUACUUGAUUUGUAGCACAAUUAAAUCAAAAUUCCCGCAAAUGAAUCGCCAAGAGGAGCUAACGUGUUUUAAUCAUGUUACCGAUUAUCAAGAGAAUUCCCAUGUUAAUCCUUUUAUGUAAAAGUAGUUUUUUGGCACAUUUCAACGCCGUCUCGUCGCUGGACUCGUAACUGAAAAUUUACGAUAUUCGCAUAGGAAUGUAGAAAAAUUACGUAUAGUCUUAAGAAGAUUUCUUUACUUAUGAGCAUUAUUAAAGUACAUUCGCUUAACAUCUAAUUAUUACAUUUAUUAUUUCCAUCUUAAAAUCUAGCUUGCUGUCUAAAGACGCCUUGUCAAUUUUAAUUGUACGUAACAAAAUUUUAAAGAUACAUACAUAGAUAGAUAAGUAUUAUAUUUAUUUACGAACAUCUGUAAUCAAAUAGUAAUUCGUAUGAAUUUCGUACGGUAGAAAAUUUAUUAUAUUUAUCAGUUUGCGUAAUUUAAGAUCUUACAUCAAAUUUGAGUCGACAAAGAGUUACGGAAGACGUAACAUAAAGAGAGGCGCAUAAUGGCGUACAAAACAUCAGAAAUGCAAAAAAAAA